UUCCUCCUCCUCCUCCUCUUCCUCCUCCCUGCAAGUGGCGCAAAGGGAGCGCCGGAGCCUCCCGUGGCAGAGGUCCAGCCGAGCCGCAGCUGUCCUGGCUCCCCUGGCGUUGAAGACAGACAGACGCCCAAGAGAGGAGGAGGAGGAGGAGAAGCGAGGAGAGAAGGAGCCCACCCGCUCGCCCUCCGCCUCCUCCCUCCUGCAGCCCGGGGACCCGUCGGGUUUCUCGCGGCGAUGGGAAGCCGGGCCCUGGCCGGGGUGGUGGUGCUUUGCGCCUUGGCCGCCUUGGCCACGACUUUCGUUUCAGCCGAUGAGGACUGCAAAUGGUACAUGGACAAAAAUGGCUCCUUGCAUCAUGGCUUUGACUGCCACUUUCCCUAUUUCUGCUGUGGUGACUGCUAUCAGCGUUUCUGCUGCACCGACCUCAGGAGACUCAUCACCGAGCGGCAGCAAAAGCACUGCAUGGCAUUCAACCCAAGAACAAUUGCUGGUAUUGCUUCUGCUGUGAUCCUCUUUGUGGCCAUAGUUGCCACUAUUGUUUGCUGCUUCCUGUGCUCCUGUUGCUACCUGUACCAGAGACGGCAUCACAUCCAGACACCUUCACCUUAUCAAGGUCAGGACAUCCCAUUGUCUGGCUACCCUUCUCAACCUCCAGGCCCUUAUCCUAUGGAUCCCAAAGCAGGACCAGCACCAUUUCAUCCUGGAUAUGCACCUGUGGCUGGGUAUCCCCCUGCAGUGCCCACUGCACAGUAUCCUAUGUACCCACCUGGACCACCAUAUUACAACCCUUCAGCUCCACCACCCUACAUCCCACCACAGAUGUCACAAGCUAGCACCUGAAGAGGAUUUUGCAGAGACUAUACAGUGAAAGCAUUUCUCUCUGGGCCUGUCAGAUUCAUCUCUGCAGAAUUUCUAUGGACUACCUGCUGCACUGGAAUUCCUGCCUGGGCUUCAGUAUUUGCCAGUUCCCUUACUAGCUGUUUCCUUUUUGCUGUGCAUGGUAGGAAGCAUUAUGACCCUACUCCUUUGCUGCUGCCCUUCCCCACACCUCCUGCCCCCGUCACUGAGAGAAGCUCCUAGUUCUCUCCAUUUCCCAGCUAGGCUCAGGAAAGUAAUGGUGCCAGUGCAAGCAACCAAGGCUGAUACAAAUGGCACCCGUGUUCCCUCACCCCAAAUUCCCCUGAGUGUCUUUAAUGGAACGUGGUAAAGCAGCAGCCUCAAGAUAAGGAGAAACACGGUUUCAUCUUUCACCUGGUAAGAAGACAGCCUUUCUCACACUGAGACAUUGGUCCUGCCCAUUUCCUGACAAACUAUGAAGAUCAAUCAUGAGGGAUGCCCACUAUUCAAACCCUUGAUGGCUCAGCUGAUGUUUGGUGUCUUCAGAAAUACCCAACUCUUUACGAUGGUGAAUAUGAGGGUACCGAAAUGCUUCAGGAUUCCAGAGACACUUUGUGUUGUUGCAUAUAACUGAACAAAAUGGGUGCCAAUAUAGUCACCACAUGGUGGAUAUUAUGUGGAAGUCCCAUGCAGCCUACUCUGAGUUACCCAAAAGGAAAACAUUAACUGGAAGGAAUGCAUGGAGGUAGAACACGAGUGGGGAAAUCGAGACUAUCCACAUGUAGUUGGAUUGCAUCUCCAUGAUUUCUAGCCAGAAUAGACAAUGAGGGAGUGUGGGGAUUGCAGUGAAAUGUCUGGACAUCACAUCCCUUGAUUUCUUACUUAGAGCAAGACCUUUGCAAGAGAUGGGAUAAGAUCCUGGGAGGACCAGGCAGCUUAAGAGCUGCUUAGAAAACAGGAAGGGUCCAUAUUAUUGCAUAAUUUGAGGAUUUUGAGGCCAGGUUCCUCUUCUGUCCUUCUUGCACAAGCCUGAAAACAUAUUUCUGUCAUUAUUUUGCAAACUGAAGCCACAUUUCCCAUGGGCACUGCCUAGGGAGAGUAAUUAAAGUAGCUGGGUAUGAGAUAGAUUUUCUGGUAAUACAAAAGUCUUGUUGUCAUUGUGCAGCUUCAGAUGAAAGCUGAACUGAAACUGUUGCAUCUGUUCUGUAAAAUAACAUGAAGCUUGGAUAUUUGGAAGCGAAAAAAACAACUGUUGAAGUGUGCAGAACUAUGAAGUCUUUUAACCGCAAUGAGACAUCUGGUAGCCUUAUUUUUGCUGAUUUGCACAUGUUAAUUGAGCUUAAUGUACUGGUAUUGCUCAUUCUUUGCUAGUGAGGCUGAAUGGGAAAAGAAACUGGAGGAAUCUGGAGCCUAAAAGUGUUGCUUGGACUACAGCUCCAGGAAUCCCCAGAAAGCAUGACCACUGGCCAUAGCGGCUGGGGCAUUUUGGGAGUUGUGAUCCCCAAGAUAAACCUUUCCAGACUCUGGCUGGGCCUUGCACUUCAUGUUGGAAGGGAGGCUUGAUUGAAACCAGCUCAGCAACUAGUUCUGCACAUAAAUGGGGGUACCCUGAGGACAGAGUUGAGAGGAAAUUGGACAUGUAUUUGUUUAUUUACAGCAUUUAUAUUCUGCCCUUCUCACCCCAAAGGGGACUCAGGGUGGAUCACAAAACACAUACAUGGCAAACAUUCAAUGCCGUUAAACAGACAGGACAGACAAUAGAUAGUGGUAAUAUGUUGGCAUUUCCCCCCAACUUCGGCGUCCUGGAGGUUGUGCUCGAUUCUGGCCACAGGGGGUACUGUCGCUCCAUCCUCUAUGACAAAGAGCCUUGAUCACAGACUUUCUCCUUCCUUUGAUCCUUAUCAUUUUUCUGGUAUUUUCUUUGUGGUGCCGUAAAAUAUCUCCCUGCUUAAGCGGUGCCUAUUUCUCUACUCACAGCUCACAGUUGUUUUCGAACUGAUUAGAUGAACAGUAAGUUGGGCUGAAGGUUGGGUGCUCAGUGCGACCUGGGCUUUGAACUGGCAACCUUUCAGUUGGUAAGAUCUAUGGCUACUGAUGAUUAAUCAGCUUUGCUAAAGCCCGGCCCUGGGGAGGGACACUGAUUGAAAACAUAAUUAAAGACAAACAACCACAGUUGUCCUCUUCCUCUGUCAUUUAGUCUUUUCAGGCUCCAAGUUCUUUUCCUUUCCACCUGAAUCCUUUCUGAGCACAGUCAGUGACUAGAGUUCUGUUCAACUUUUUGCUAGCAUAACUAUGGAUUGUGCUAGUAGAUGACAUUGGGGUAUCCUGUUACUCAAGAAGUUUGCUCAGCUGUUCAGUGGCUGCCAGAUGGCACCUGAGCAUAGCUCUCCCACUGAUGGCCAUGGAUGCAAAUGCCCAUCAUGCCUUGGAGAGAGCUUCCCAUGGAUGGAGAGAAUGAUAAUAUUCUUACCAGGGCCAGGAUGAAUUAUUUUGUUCCCUGGGUGAAGGACAAGAUGGCACCAUCCCAUGUCUAGAAGGCUGUUGCAUUGCCAAUGAAAUCUUACUAGUAGCAGAAUGAAGAGAUCAAAAUAGGCUGCAUUUAGGGAGAGGGGUGGUCACCUGGAAUAAGCUCAGGAGGAGGAGCAGUCAAGAGAUUGUCAUUGUUACCCACUUGCACCUACCACCUAAGAUAGUUCCUCACCUCUUUCUGCCCUAGAUAGGGCUGGUUUUGAUUCUAACAUGGAGCCCUCGGUGGCGCAGUGAGUUAAAGCCUUGUGCUGGCAGGACUGCCGACUGACAGGUCAAUGGUUUGAAUCCAGGGAGAGUGGGUUGAGCUCCUUCUGUCAGCUCCAACUCCCCAUGCAGGGACAUGAGAAAGCCUCCCACAAGGAUGGUAAAACAUCAAAACAUCUGGACAUCCCCUGGGCAACGUCAUUUCAGACAGCCAAUUCUCUCACGCCAGAAUCAACUUGCAGAUUUUCAAGUCGGUCCUGACAUGAGAAAAAAAAAAUCUAACAUGGCCAGUUGACCCAACUGUCUUUUUUCCUUCUCAGAAAUAAUAGCUCAGCUGCACCUUUGUGCAACAUUGCUUCUUCCAGCUGCCCCCUCCUUGGCUUUGUCUGUAGUCAUUGUGAAAUAUGUCUACUAAGGCCCUAUCUACACUGCCAUAUAAAAUCCAGAUCAUCUGCUUUAAACUGGAUUAUAUUAGUCUACACUGCCAUAUAACCCAGUUCAAAGCAGAUAAUCUGGAUUUUAUAUGGCAGUGUAGAUCAGGCUGAAGAUCUUGUAGCAUUGCCAUAUUUGCUGCAGAGCUUCUCUGUGCUUUUUUGUGUGUUCCUGCUGCCCAUCAGCAAAACCAUCUAACACUCAAGCAUAAUAUUCUCCUUCCUGAGAUGGGCCAAUGUCCUGCUUGUGGAGAUGAGGAUGCAAGGUGCUGCAGGGCCAGUUGUAUUGCAAGCUGAGUCUCUGUUUAAAUUUCUUGCAAAAAAAUAUGGAGGAAGGCAAUCUGGAUGGUUGGGUGUGUGUGUGUGUGGAACAAAGACACCAUGCACUAGUCCGGGUACAAAGGCAGUCCUUGUGCAAGGUGGGCUGGGAGGAGGGGAGACGCAUUUGCAUGGUGAUUUCCCACCAGUGAGGCAAUUCCCCAUGGCUUCAUGGCACUUAGCAACUAGGGAAGUCAAUGGCCCCAUUGUGAAGGAAAGCAAUGCACUGUGCAUGUGGAAUUUUUAAAAAUGGCUUUAGGCUUUAUCCUCUAAAUAAAGUCCAGUCUUGUAGACCCAAAGCUAAUGGCCUUGGUGUUCAGAACGCCCUCUGGGUGCAUCUCUCUUUUGCUAUGCUUUGAUGUCUUUGUAUGCUGUAAGAAAAUAUCCAAAUUGAAAACAGGAGGGAUCUAUAGCCUCAAACCGCUGAUCUGAAGCCUUUCCCCCCACUGUGUGGGGAUGACCUGUCUGUGUUUCCGCAGCAGUUACUACUGCUACAUUCUGUUGUAAUCAGAAUGGCAAGAGUUUGCAUCCUAAAAUGUUGCUAAAAUGUGGAUUAAAAGUAUCAGUAUUGAUAA